AAAGGCUGCGUCGAAGCAGAAACGGAGGAUCUGAAUAUUGCGUUUCGGCCAAGGGGGUAGAAAAGGAAACACGGAAUUUCAAAAAAGCCCCAAGCCGAGGUCAAAUUCGUAAAUUUGUAGGCCUACAAAUUUGCAUUAGGCGGGAAAAUGCAAAAUGUAAGGGCUCUCUGAAGUGUGAAGAGUGAACCUCUCUCUCUCAAAUUCUGAAUUCGGUCGCCCAAGGGUGGGAGAAGGACAAUGGAGAGAAUCAACGUGACGGUUAGAGCGAGACCUCUCUCACCGGAGGACGCCAAGACUAGCCCUUGGAGAAUCUCCGGCAACUCCAUCGCUUUCUCUAACCACUCCUCCAAGUUCGAUUUUGAUAGAAUUUUUGGAGAAGAUUGUAAAACUGCUGAGGUUUAUCAAACUUGCACCAAAGACAUUGUUGUUGCUGCAGUUCGUGGAUUCAAUGGCACUGUUUUUGCUUAUGGCCAAACUAAUAGUGGAAAAACACAUACGAUGAGAGGCUCAGCAACCGAACCCGGGGUCAUCCCUCUUGCUGUGCAUGAUUUAUUUGACAUCAUACAAGAGGAUAUGUCUCGAGAGUUUCUCUUGCGAAUGUCUUAUAUGGAGAUCUAUAAUGAGGAAAUAAAUGAUCUGUUGGCUCCAGAACAUCGAAAACUGCAGAUUCAUGAAAGUCUUGAGAGAGGGAUUUUUGUUGCUGGUCUGCGAGAAGAAAUUGUUGUCUCUCCUAAGCAAAUUCUGGAUCUGAUGGAGUUUGGAGAAUCUCAUCGACAUAUUGGAGAGACAAACAUGAACCUAUAUAGCAGUAGGUCUCAUACUAUUUUCCGCAUGAUAAUUGAAAGUCGGGAUAAAACCGUAGAUGAAGAUAUUGGAGGUUCUUGCGAUGCUGUCCGUGUAUCUGUCCUGAAUUUAGUGGAUCUUGCUGGUUCAGAGCGUGCUGCAAAGACAGGAGCAGAAGGUGUUCGCCUCAAAGAGGGUUCACACAUCAAUAAAAGCCUGAUGGCACUUGGAACUGUUAUUAAGAAAUUGAGUGAAGGUGCUGAGAGCCAAGGGAGUCAUGUUCCUUAUCGAGACAGCAAAAUUACACGAAUUUUGCAACCUGCACUUGGUGGAAAUUCUAAUACUGCUAUUAUAUGUAAUAUUACACUUGCACAGAUACAUGCAGAUGAGACUAAAAGUAGUCUUCAAUUUGCAAGCAGGGCAUUACGUGUCACAAACUGCGCUCAUGUGAAUGAGAUUCUAACAGAUGCUGCUUUGUUAAAGCGCCAAAAGAAGGAAAUUGAGGAGCUUCGAGCUAAAUUGCAGGGUUCUCAUUCAGAACAUUUUGAAGAGGAGAUUCUCAAUUUGCGGAACACAUUGUUGAAGACUGAGUUAGAGAGGGAACGAAUAGCUUUGGAACUAGAGGAGGAAAAGAAAGCUCAAGUUGAACGGGAAAGGAGGUUACAAGAGCAAGCUAAGAAAAUUGAGAACCUGAGUUCUAUGGUGUUGUAUUCGAACAGGGAUGAGAAUCAUGAUCAUUACAAAAAGCAAAAAAAUAGGCGAGAUACAUGGUGCCCGGGUAAUCUUUCUCAAAAGACAUUUAAAGAGGCUUCCAAAGUCCAUUCAAGGGCUUCUACUGUAAAAUCCAUGAGACCUGACCGUGAUGUGGGGUCGCUUGUUCCUUUUGAAGAACUAGUGAAUACAAUUGAAGUUGGUGUAGAUGAGUCCUGCAAGCAAGAGGAAGAUUGUCAUAAAAAUGCCUUGGAAGAUUGUACCCUUCCAGAUCCACGAGCUUUGUUGCAUGUAACAAACAGGAAAAAAGUGCCACUCAGGAAAAAAAGCUUACCAGUGGAGAACAAUGAAGUAGCGGAAAUUCAAGCAGAAUAUGAGGAUUUGCUUUUAAAAUUUGAAACUCAGCGGACCAUCAAUGAGAUACAAUUUGAUUUCUUAACAAGAAAACUGGCUGAGGCUGAUUUAUUUCUAGAUGUGAAAUAUGAUGACCACUCUACAUAUAAUCUCAGUACAGGUACAAUUACUACUGACAAAAACCUAAGUUUAAGGGAGUCGGAAGCUAUUGUUGUGAUCAAGCAACUUCAGGAACAGAUUGAGCUGUUAGAGAUGGAGAAGUCUUCAAGCCAGAGAAAUAUGGAUACUAUUGUUGGUUUGGCAACGGAGCAGAACAUAUGUGCCAGGGAGAAGUAUGAAGAGCUAUCUGAAGAGCUUCUCAAUGCUCGGGAGGAGGCUAGAGUGGCUCGUGAACGACUUGCUUCCAAAGAAUCUGUCAGAGCAAUUGAUGAGGAGAAUUUCGAGUCCAUGAUUGAUCUUUUAAUGGAAGCCCAAGAAAUAAUGUUGGAAGUUCAGAGCUCAAGAAAUCUUGUUGAUAGUGUAGCUUCAGUUGUGGAUGAACUUUUCCAAACUUUAUCUGUGAUAUUGAGCCAGUUCCUUGAAUUUAAAUCUUCAAUAUGUCAGAACUCUGUGCAACUAAAAUCAAUUAUUGGUAAUCACGAGAAGUUGGAGUUUAGCAUGAGGCAUAAAGUUGCCGAACUGGAAAAUCAGAAGCUUCUCUUGUGCAAUCAAUCCGCUGAUCUCCAUACACAGAUAGAGGACCUCAAGCUAGAUGCUCUAAAUUCUGAAAAAACUUUGACUGCUCUUUCUGAACAACAGGAUCUGGAAAAAUCUGAAUUUCUUUCUCAUAUCCAAACUCUUGAAAAGGAAAUAUCAUGUUUGUCAUCUUGUUCCUUGGCCAGGGAAAAAGAAAAUUUGAGAAAAGACCUUGAGAAAACAAAAACAAAGUUGAAAGAGACUGAAUUCAAGCUUAAGAAUGCUAUCCAGGAGAAAACCAAACUUGAGGGUGAGAAAGCAUAUGCUGAAAGAGAGAUAAAGCAGUUACAUGGACAGAAAACUCUUCUUGAACGUGAUAUCAGCAAACGUGACUCACUUGCUUGUAGAAGGCGUGAUUCUGUUGUUGACAGGAGUUCAAAGAUGUUUGAUCCAAAAAGGGCCAAGAGUCAUGCUGUUCCCUUUGAGCAGACAAUGCAGGAGGAUUAUAAGAAGCUUGAAGUUUUCGCGUUUGAGAUGGAGACAACAAUUGCUUCCUUGGAAGAGGAAUUAGCAGCUGCAUAUAGGGACAAGGAAGAGGCUGUAUUUAGAAAUGAAACUUUGACUGCAGAACUGGAAGCCCUGUCUGAUAAGUUGAACAUAUCAAACUCUGACCUGAAAAUGUUUCAGGAAGAGGCGUUAAGCCUUAGAUCAAGUUUGGAAGAAUCUAGUUCCAAAUAUGAAAAAAUAGAAAGCAUGGUCAAUAUGUUGGUAGAAGAAAAGGAAGAGUUGGCAAUGCAACUUACUAAUGCCCUUUUGGAAAUGGAGGAGGAAAAGGCAAUAUGGUUUGCUAAGGAGAAAGCAUCUGUGGAAGCUAUAGAAGAGAGAGCAAAGUUGUACAAUGCUGAAACCAUGUCCUUAUCUAAGGGACUAUUAGAGGUGAGAAAUGAGUUGGAGUCUUGCAGAGAAGAAUGCAAGGUUCUCAAAGAAAGAUUGAUUUGUUCCGAGGAAAAUGCAGAAUGGGAGAGAAAGUGCAGUACGGAGAAGUCUUUUGAGAUUGAUAGACUAAGAAAUGACCUGAAGAUAGCUGAUGCGGAGAGUAAAAGAUCUCAAGAAAUUUUGAAGUCAAAACUUGAGACACUCUCUUCAGAACAUCAUCAUGCUUGUGAAGAACUUGAUAGGCUUCAGUUGGAGCUGGAUUUUCUCAAAAAAGAAAGAGAAGAAUUUGAAAUUCGAACAAAGGAGUUGAAUAUGGGUUCAGAACUGUCAAAUAACUUACAGGAUCUUAAAGACCAACUCUUAACAAUUACAAAGGAAAGGGAUAAAAUGAUGACGCAGAUUGAAGAGCAGAAAAACCAUGUGUUAUCCAAGGCAAAAGUUGAAGUGGAGGAACUUGCUAGAGAGCUUUCCAGCAAGGAACUCAAGAUGCGUAAUGAUGAGAUAAAAAAUAGCAUAGAGAAGGCAAAGCUUAGGAUGAGGCUUCGGUGGACACAAGCAAAAUUAGAUGCGUUCCGAAUUAGGUACAAGGAGGCAGCAGACGAGUUGGAUUUUAUGAACAAGAAAUAUGAGGAGGCUUCAACCAAGCUAAAGGACCGGUUGGCUUCAUAUGGCAUCGAGGUCCUCAACCUCAAGAAGCAGCUUGCUGCUUCCAAGGCACAAUGAAAAAUAAUCAGGUUCCCCAAGAUUUUAUGUACAAAUAUUUAUCAUAAAACAAAAAUUUUGCAGGUUGCAAUAGAUAAUACAAGUAGUCUAUCAUUUUCUUAUCUA